CAUACGGUGCUUGGGCAAAGAACAAGCAGUGCGUGGCGCUGCGGCGCGCGCUGGCCGGCUCAGCGCGUCACGGGAUCGCCACAGUCUGCAAAAGUGCCUCGAAGCGGUCAGCGCCCGCGGAGACGCCGGGGAUAAGUAAACGCCAUGCAGGGCCCUUGGGCGGUGCUGGCCUUGUACGUGGCCACCGCUGCGGCCAUCAAUGGUCUCGACGCGAUCGAUGGCAAGCCCACGCCAUCGCCGCCGCCGACGUACAACCUGACAAGAGCGCUCCUGCUCGCAGAAGCCUCGUACUGCACCGCGACCGAGGACCAGCCCCUAUUACCGGCCGAACUAAGGAAGACCAUCAUCGUCACGAAGGUGGUGGACAACCACGCCACGCGCGCCGUUAUAGGCUGGGACGCGUCGGACCGAUCGCUCUUCGUCUCGUUCCGAGGCACCGAGAACGACCGGAACUGGUGGCAAGACGCGAAAUUCGUCAAGAUACGGCCCUACGCCGAUUACAAGGACGUGGCCGUCGAGCGGGGUUUCUGGCGGUGGUACAACUUCCUCAAGGAGGACGUCGCCCACCAACUCACGAAGGCGAAGGCGAAAUUCGAUCCUACGACUCUGUUCACCCCUGUGAGGUUCUACGGCCACUCGGCGGGCGGCGCCGUGGCUGUCCUUGCUGCGUUUGACCAAUUGAGGGGCUCGGUGUACAACGGUACUCAACUAAAAGGGUCGUACACGUUCGGCUGCCCGCGCGUCGGGUCAGCAAGUUUCGCCAAGGCGUUCACGUCCCUGUUGGGCGAUGCGGAGAACUGGCGCGUGACGCACCGGGACGACGUCGUGCCCCACCUUCCCCAAGAGGAUUUGGGCUACCUACACACGCCGCACGAGGCCUACCAGAAGGAUGAAGUCAAGCCCGAUCUGAUCUACUGCGCCGACUCGGCCUCUCAUGAAGACGACGCUUGUAGCAAUUCGUGCUACCCGCUCGGCUGCACGUCGGUCGUCGACCACCUCAGUUAUUUGGGCCUGGUCCAGGGCAUCGGCGGGUGCAUCGAGCUUUGAGCCUCCACCGGUACGCCGCCGCGGCGAUAGCGUCGCAUGGCCCCUUGUCUGUUUCCCCCCGCCCACGUCUACCUAUCUGUUAAUUGUCACA